AUGGUGCUAGAACACUCACGUUACCAGGAUCCAAGAACCUGGAAAAUGACUCCCGCCAUGAUCAGAGCGAGAAGGCCCUUUUUCAUGAAAAACUUGGUAGGCUUGGGAGCACUUUUGGCCGUAACCGGAGGAAUUUACGUUUACACCUACAGGUUUCUCAAUAGGGACAACGACUUUGCAGAUGUUCCAAUACCUCCUAUCGACGCUAAGGAGCUUGAAAAACUGAAGAAAGAAUACGAACAGCAUAAGCAAAAUGCCCGCAAAGAUUAA